AUGUUUAAUGUCGGUAAACCAUUGGUGGUGGCGUGGCGGAGUGCAGGCGGUGCGACGCCGCGCGGGCAGGUGGAGCCGCUGGCGGAGCUGCUGCUGGCGCUGAAUCGCGCGCCGCUGGCUGACGGCGGGCUGGCCGCCUGCCUGCGCCGCGCGCUCGCCCCCGACGACUUCCCCUCGCCGCACGCCACGCGAGCGCACAAGCACCACUUCAUCACCGCGCUGCUCAAGGAGAAGAAUAGUAAACGAAGAAUUUUAGAAACAGUGCAAGAGUUUUCUCUUGUCUGUCGAGGCCUGAUUGACACAGACUACGCACGACAGACGAUUGCCUCAAAGCAGCUUGUCGCUUGA